AUGGUGUCUUCCUGGACGAAAUCAGCGCAAUGGAUCUGGGCGCCCAACUAUCGUGAAGAGGACACUCAUGUUGGUCGAUACUUUCUCUUCCGCAAGACCUUCCAAUGGACUGCUCUGGCAGGAGUGAGUGAGUUUCCUGUUCAUGUCUCUGCAGAUAGUCGUUAUCGACUGUAUGUGAAUGGCCAACGUGCGAGCUUUGGCCCGUGCAAGGGUUACGCAGAGCAGUGGCACUAUGAGACAGUCGAUAUCCUCCCGUACUUGAAGGAAGGGGAGAACGUGAUCAGCGCUCGCGUGCUGCGGUAUUCGUUCCUCAAACCUGGGUCAUCGUCGAUCAUUCGCAUAGAGUUGCCGGGAUUGAUGGUGUAUGGCGAGAUUGAGGGACUUUCAGUAGCUACCGACGAAACAUGGAGAUGUGUGGAGGAAACCAGCCGACAGAUCGUUCCUUACUCCGAGUGGAACUUCAUACUCGGCCCUCCGUUCCUCUCUAACCACGAGAGGACGGCAGAGGCACCGGAACUCACUGGAUGGGAGCUAUCCGGGUUUGACGAUUCCAAUUGGGAGAACGCGAUUUUCCCAUUCCGCCCAGCUAAGAUGCUUCCAAUGACGAGCCCUUGGAGAUUGGCUCCUCGCCCCAUUCCUGCACUGCCUGAAGUCCCCGGGAGAUUUGAUAGAGUGGUCAAAUGUGAUAGCUCGAUCGCGCAGGAUCAGUGGAAGAGCUUCAUUGAAAGGGAUGGUCCCGUUGUUAUUGCCCCCGGCGAGACAGUUACCGUCGACAUUGAAGUGAGCUCUUUGACGACAGGCUUUAUUACCCUUCAGUGCAGCGGUGGUAAAGGCUCGGAGGUCAUUAUUCAUUACGCCGAGUGUUACGAGAAGGAUCUUGGGGUGGAAGUUGCCCCGUUCCCCAAGCCUCGAUCUAAAUCUAAUCGAGCCGACUCCAGCGGCCGGCUGUACGGAAUCAAGGAUUUCUAUAACGUAGUUGACGGCCAGUCAGAGCACACGUUUGAGCCGUUCUGGUUUAGGACAUUCCGAUACAUCCAACUCAAGAUCACGGGUGGGGGGCAGCCAUUGACUCUUCGAAGCUUCACACUGCGCGAGAAUAACUAUCCACUCGAAAUCACGACUGAAAUUCAAGCCGGUGCAGAAUUGGACAAUAUCUGGAACAUCAGUCUAAGAACCUUGCAAAACUGCCGACAUGAAACAUAUGAGGACUGUCCCUUCUACGAGCAGAAUCAAUUCGUAUCGGACUCGCGCCUGCAGAUGCUCUUCACUUACCAACUUUCCUCCGAUGAUCGACUCGCCCGCAAGACUUUGCAGGAGUUCCACGCAAGCCAGGGUCCCGAUGGGUUGAUCAAAGCUCAAUUCCCUGCUGGGUUCCGCAGUACCCAGAUUCCUCAAUUCUCUUUGUACUUUGUGGCGAUGGUGUAUGAUCAUAUGCAUUAUUUCGCCGACGCUGCUAUUGUGCGGAAGUACUUGAGCACUAUUGAUGGCAUCCUGAACCAUUUCAAUGAGCGGCUCAAUGAGUUUGGUCUUGUUGGUCGUUUCGAUCGCGAUACUUGGCCAUUCAUUGACUGGGUACCGGAAUGGUCUGUCCCUGGAAAGAUAUUCGAGUCCUGCAUGCCGCGGGCAUAUACCAACACCGGAGCUGCCACAUUUAACAGUCUACUAUACAUCGUGGCACUGAUGCAAGCAGCUGAAGUCUGUACUUUCGUUGGGAGAAAUGAUACUGCGCGAGAGUAUACUGCUCGUGCAGAUGCCCUGCGGAGUGCUGUUAACCGCCACUGUUACAAAGACGGACUUUAUCUGGAUGGGCCCUCGGCCAAGGAAUUCAGCCAGCACAGCCAGGUCUUUGCCAUUCUCUCCGAGAGCAUUACAGGGACUGCAGCCAAGGAGCUCAUGUCCCGAACGCUGGAAGACACAUCUCUGGCAAAGUGCUCCUAUUCAAUGAAGUUCUACCUCUUCCGUGCCGUCGAGAAAGUUGGACUAUACACACAAUCUUUCUCCAAUAUGAUCGAGCCGUGGAGACGUAUGAUCGCAGAUAACCUGACUACAUGGGCUGAGUUUGAGGAGAAUGCCCGCAGUGAUUGUCACGGUUGGAGCGCGAGUCCCGUGCACGAAAUCGUGACCCAGGUCUUCGGUGUCUCGCCUGCGCUACCGGGGUUCAAAAAGAUUCGCAUUGCUCCUCGGAUGGAGCUUCUGGACAGCGCUAGUGGAACAUUCUUUACAUCGGCGGCCGAUGUCUCUGUAUCCUGGACAAAGGAGGGAGGGCUAGAGGUGAAAGCAACUGCGGAUGUGGACGUGGAAGUUGUACUUGAUGGGGUUUCAUUGUUUCAAAAGCUCGAAAAAGGCAAGGCGGUUGCUUUCUCCCGGAAGGAAGUUUCAUGUUGGAACUAUGUAUAA